AUGAAGGAGUUGCUAGAACCCUUGAGUACCAAAGACAAGGGAAAAGCCAAGGUAGACGAAGGCAAAGAUGGUGAGGGCAAGAUCCAAACCCCAUCCAAGACUAUCAAUGUCAUCUUUGGUGGAAUCCCAGACCCAGUUGUUGCUGGCUCCAGACUUACCAAGGUACUCAUCGUUGGCGGCAGUGGUCUCAACAGCCUGUUCGCCAAGACUUUGAAGAAGAUGGGCUUCAACAUCACGGAGAUGCUCACCCCAACGAGCUCUCCCUUCUAUGGAAUCGUCCCAGGCAACACGGCUAUACCUCUUGGACAGGUAGUCCUGCUAGUUAUCUUCGGGACCAAGGAGAACUACCGGACUGAGUACAUCCAGUUCGAGGUGGCGGAUUUUGAAGUCCUCUCCCUCCACGGAGACUUGAAGAGAUCGUACGAGUGCGACACCGAGGCCGUCGAAUUGGCCAUGUCUCAAGUGCCUACUUCAAUGCAACAAGUCUUCAUCGCUUCAAAGAAGCUCUCCCCAACAGAACUCGAAAUUCCAGAGAACAAGUCGAGAGCUACCAAGGUCAAGCUGGCGAGCGGCGUGGACUUCAAAGCCAUCGACCUCGAGACCGGUGACACCUCCAAGACAGCCUUGAUUAACACAGGGCUAGAUGCUAAAUAG